AUGGCGAAGACAAGAGGAGGAGGUCAAGUUGGUCCUCGUCGUAGUAGACGUAAUCAAGGUUUGGAGAAAGUGGCUAGGAGAAGUAGUACUAGAAGCAAGAAAGUGGCUGCUCAAGAUGAUGAGGUAGAAGAUGUUACACCGCAAGCAAUGUCUGAAGAUGAGAAAGAAGAUUCUGAGAAGGGUAAUGAGAAAGAUGUAACACCGGAUGCUGAUCAGACUGAGAAAGCAAUGUCUGAAGAUGAGAAAGAAGAUUCUGAGAAGGGUAAUGAGAAAGAUGUAACACCGGAUGCUGAUCAGACUGAGAAAGCAAUGUCUGAAGAUGAGAUAGAAGAUUGUGAGAAGGGUAAUGACAAAGAUGUAACACCGGAGGCUGAUCAGAUUGAGAAAGCAAUGUCUGAAGAUGAGAAAGAAGAUUCUGAGAUAGAAGGCGAAGCUUGUUUGACUGGACAGGAACAACAGGAGGAUGAAGAAGAAGCUGGCAAUAUGGAAGAAGAUGGUGUUGGCAAUGGUCAAGAUAAUGCGAUUCCUAGCAACACUGAUGAAGGAAGUUAG